AUGCCGCCUGCCAAGGCAGGAGGGAGCGGGGAGGGCGGGGAGGAGGGAGGGAGGAGGCACGGCACGAUCGGCUGCUGCCCGCCGGGUGCCAGCGCCGGUGUUUUCCCACAAAUUCUUCCAGGAAAGCCCAAGGUGUACCAAGGUGUGAGAGUCAAGAUCACAGUCAAGGAGUUGCUGCAGCAGAGGAGAGCACGACAAGCAGCCACUGGUUCAGCAGAAAAAGUGAAAAGUGGCGGUGAGGGAAGUCACCUCGGUGACCUGCACAAGGCUCCUUGGGACAGCAGCAGCAGCAGCAGCAUCCAGUUUGCAGAGCCUGUGUCUCCGCCUCACCCAGAGCCUUUUGAAGCAGAACCCAUCCCUCCUGUGCCCAGCUGCUGCCCACCCUGGCAGUUUUCCAGCUGCCUGUCCUGUGAGGAAAGCCCUGGGUACCUGGAGCAGCUGAUUGAUUCCUGCCUGCAGUCAGAUGCACCCUCUGAACCAGCCUUCAGUGCCUUCCAGCCAUCCCCACACUACACCCCAGACACCUCCCAGCCAGUCCAGCUCUGCUUCAACCAGGGCCUGUCGGACUGCCUGGAGCUGCUGCCACCCCUGGCCGUGGCUGAGGACUUCUUCAGGAGGGACAGGAGCUGGGACAUCUGCUACAGCUAA